GCUCCGUCUCAGGUGAGCCUUUCAGUGGCAGCUGUCGUUUUGCCCGCAGGUUCGGUUUGGGAUCACAGGAGUGUUAAGGUGAUCACCGAUGAAGAGCAGGGAGGACAGCGGAAAGAGGAAGCGACUUUAAAUAACAGCGCGAGCCAGAGGCAGUUUUAAUGGACAACAGGAAGAGGCAUCUAAAACACACUGUUAUCUGUGCCCUGGUAGCAGUGGUGGUCUUGUUCCUCUACCUCAAUACUGAAAGACAGUUGGGGAGUCCGGGUGCUCCAGCUUACAGGAAACACUCAGCAUUACCAUCAGCAGCAGAACCACAGUGGGAGGAUCCCGGGCCGUAUCAUGUGGCCUAUCCACGAAACUACAAAUUCAUUAUGGAUGACACACCAACGUGUAAGACCACAACUCCUUACCUGAUCCUGAUGGUUCCUAUUGCACCUCAUGACGUGGCAACUCGGGACAUCAUCCGGAAGACGUGGGGAAAUGAGACGCUGGUCCAGGGUGAGCUGGUUGAGACUGUUUUUAUUGUGGGACUGCCUGGAGGAAGUGAUGCUGAACAGCAGCAGGAGAAACUCAAACAGGAGAAUCAGCUGCACCACGACCUGAUUCAGAGCAACUUUCAGGACAGCUACCACAAUCUGACCAUCAAGACCAUGGUCAUGCUGGAGUGGCUGGCUGAGCACUGUGCCAGUUCUGCCUUUGUCAUGAAGAUUGACUCAGAUAUUGUACUUCAUGUCGAGAAUUUGGUUAAAUUGCUGCUGGAUCUUAGUACACCUAAACAAAACUACAUGACAGGCUUGGUGUGGUGGCACAGCCCUGUUUUAAGAAAUCCGUUCAUCAAGUUCUACAUGCCAAGAAGUGUGAUUGAAGAAUCGGAAUACCCUCCAUAUCCUCUGGGCAUGGCCUACGUUAUGUCUCUGGACCUUCCUGCGAAGAUCUUGGGAGUUUCACAUCAGAUCAAACCCAUCUACAUUGAAGACGCCUACCUGGGCAUGUGUUUGAAACGCCUGGGCAUUCCUCCCACCGACCCUCCGGACAAAGCAAUGUUUCUUGUCACCCCUGAGCAUCCUCUGAGCGACUGCAGUCUUUCCAAAGUGAUUGCAUUGAUGACAACAAGCACACUACAGAUGACGAGUUACUGGGAGAGGAUCAGACAGAAAGUUCGGUGUUGAAGUUAUACUGGUUUGGAUUGUAGAAAGUGUGAACUGACUUCGAGUGACUCUUAAAAUGAAGUCAACUGGAUCAUAUUAUGUGUUCGCAGGCAACAUAGCAGCGCCUUCUGACUUGGUUGGAAAGAUCAGAAGUUGUCAAGCCAGAUAAACAGGCCAAACUGUCAGCACUUCCCGCCUGUAGUCAGUAUGAAGCUGUUCGUUUUAUAAAUCUCAGCUCAGCACCAUCACGUUUGGUCAUUUUGCAUCAGAGUGUGAAGAAGUUAGCGAGACAAAGAGAUGUUUUCUCAUCUGUUAUAAGUGACCAAAAAUAUAAACACGGUCUGUAAUAUUUCAUUUGACUAAAUGCAUUUGUUUCAGCAAAGGGGAAUAAGUAUUUAUUGUUCCAACAGGCCUAUAUACACUUCAUUUUUACAAUGAUAAGAGUGUGUGGAUAGUUUAAUCUUUUUUUUUUUUUUUUUUUUUUUUGUACUAUGUGGGAGUAGACGGCUGUGGUCACUGCCUCCCAGUAAAAGUUUACUUUGAUUUGAUGAUACAGCCACAUAGUUUUUUGACUUCCUCAAAGUUUUUAUAACUUUAGAAAAGGACAAUAAUUUUGCACAAAGUAUUUUUUCUGGGUGUGCUGAAGGAAGCAGCUCAACUUUGCUGAGUGUUUCUUUGGGAUUUUUGAUGGUGAUUUGGAGAAGAGGAACUGUUAGAGCAUCAAGCUAACAGCCACAUUCUUUGGGAACUUCUAGUUACUGAUGUGUAUUUUCUCUGUCUCAUGAACGUCUAUAUGGACGUCAGGUAAACCUAUGUAUGUAUGUAAUGAACACUGAGUUAUUUUCAAAGUGAACAACCAUGUCAGAUCCUAGAGCAGAUUAGCUUAAAGUUUCCUCAGAUAACCCGCACAACACUCACUAUUUAAAGGACUGACUUUGUUCUAAGAUUUAGAAAUGACCUUAGUUUGUUAUUGGGUUUUUUUUGGUGAUGGUUAAUUUAGGAUGUUACUGCAUUUAAAAUAAGUCUACAUUUUUUAAAGUUUUCUCUGCAGAGGGCUGUAAGACUGAAUACAUUAAACCUCUUCAAGAGUCACAGGUACAUUCACUGGUAUCCUGCUCCUCUGGUGACAUGGGAGACAAGACAUAAUGUUGCCAUAUGAUAAAAUUAGCAAAAAUUGUAAAUAAGUGUGUUUAAUUUGUAAAAAUGAACCUGCUUUGUACUUGUGAUGUGUUACUGUAAUGAAGUCCCUGUAGACUUGUAGUUUGUCAUCACUCCAGCAGAGGGCAGGCUAACAUUGGACAACAUGUACAAAGCCUCCAGCCUGCACUUCAGGAAACAGUCAUUAUUUGAAAAUGUUUGCAUUUUGCCAAGACAUUUUUAACGGCAUUUCAUUGUUUAUGUAAAUAGUCAUUGUCAUGCUAGGUCAGCAAUAUUAGUUACACGUGUUUGUGUUGUAUUAUUUUUAUUACUUUUCCUGUUCCCCAAAGUUGAAAACAAUCUGAAAAUGUUUAAUAAAAUGUUGUCUUAUUUACAACUGUG